AUGGAUCGUUCGAACGCAGAGAGCGGGACGCCACGCCCGGACCGAGGGGUUUGGCCCGGCGGAGGCAGCUCGUCGCCGAUCUCCGAGGCCGGCCUGGAUGUGAAGAGCGGGUGCAUCUUCUUUGUCCAGGAGAAACGGGGGCUGCGUCUGUUCCAAGUUCUCACGGCGCCCAGCGCGUCGGAGAAGAAGGGAAAGAAGAAACUCGUCGAGUUGCUGCACCAAAGAGGCAUGCAACAGGCGACGUGGAGUCCCUGUGGACGCCGCCUCGCCCUUGUCUCCCAAGAUCGGGGCCUCGUCGUCUUUGAGCACCCAACGUGGACGGUGGCUGACGUCUCUGAGCUAUGGCGCGGCCCCGCGGCGCUCGCGUCCUACUGCGAGAAGAGCCAGACGGCGAAGACGGGCAAGGGCGCAGCAGCUGCGCCAGGAGCCGACUGCACGCAAGAUGAGAAGAGACGCGAGGAAAUCAGCCAGGCGAUGCUGAAGGACAUCGAACAGUUCGCGCUGCGCCUGCCCGAGGGCUCGCUGGCCGCCGCCAGCCUCACGCAACCCAAGUACCUCCAGUGGUCCCCCCUGGGAACGUACCUCGUCGCGUUCUACAACGUCGAAAAGAAGAAAGCCGCAGAGGAAGAAAGCAGCCAGGACCACAACGUCUUCGUGUGGAACGUCGGCACCAAGGAAGUCGUUGCCUCCUUCUUCGUGCGGAGACUCGUCGGCUCGCAGUGGCCGCUCCUGAAGUGGAGAGACGACGAACUGUUCUGCUGCAUCGCGUCCCGGAACUGCAUACAGGUGUUCUCUGGCCACGAUUUGAAGAAGAUGCUGCUGCGGUUCCCCGUCCCGCGCGUCUUCAACAUCGAACUCGCGCCGUGCUUCUCGCCGGAGUUGGAGCAGGAACUGCUGAUUGGCGCGUUCUGCCCCGCGGCGGCUGCGGGUCCGUGUUCUCUCUCCAGCUCGGGCGCUUCGCAGGGGAGCUCGCCGAACCCGCAGACGGCGCAGUUCUACGUCUUCCAGAUUCCGAACGUGGCGGCUGCCCGCGCGUCGGCCUGCGAGGUCGACUGGGUGUUGAACCCGCAGACGAAACUCCAGGAGUUGUUGCAGGCGCAGCGAACGAACUUCGAGAAGACCGAGGCUGCCGUGAAGGCCGCGAGCGCUUUCGCCCAAGGCGCCUCAGGAGUCACGACAAAGGCGGACAAGAAGGGCGGCAGCGACAGCGAGGCGGAGGACAAGGACGACGGGUCAGCGGAAGGCAGCGCGUCUCGGCUCGGCGCGAAGGCAGUCACGUUCCACACGGUGGAGGAGAAGGAGGUGAAGGAAGCUGUCGCGGCUGCUAGUCCUGCGGAGUUUGAACGCUUCGACGAAGCUGUCGUGCGGUGCGUCGUUCGACAAGUCGUCGCUGCAGCCGACUCCGCGGAGCUGGCGUGGAGUCCGUCGGGAACGGGACUCCUGGUCAUGGCGAACACAACCGUCGAUGCAGCAGGCGAGAACUACGGCGGCGUCGGGGACUGCUGGUACUUCUCUCGAGAGCCGCCCGUGGACGACGUGGCGCGUCUUCAGCAGAUCCACGCGGAGCUGCUCGCCUUGAGCGCCGGACUGUCCGCGCGUGGCGCCACGGAGAAAAACGCGCACGCGACGGCGGCGACCUCGGCCGCGGCCGUCCAGGCGCUUCUCGACGCGGUCCAGAGCCUCAGCAGCUUCGUGCGAAAACUGAGCAAGAAGGUUGCACAGGACGCCAAGUGGAGUCCCACCCGAGACGAAUUCGUCCUCAUUGAAGGCAAAUCCCCCUCAGAUAUUUACUUGCUGGAUAAACAGUGCCACGUGCGCUUCUCCUUCCCGCCCAAGUACCGAAACACGAUCACCUGGGGCCCUUUCGGCCAGAUGGUUGCCAUCGGCGGAUUUGGAAAUCUUGCAGGCGAACUGAGUUUCUGGUACCGGGACAGCAACGUCCGAGGCAUGUCUCUCAUCACGGAGUGGCGGGCUGCCUGUACAGUCCAGAGUGUCUGGGCCCCCAGCGGCGACAUGUUUCUGACGGCAUCCACGUACCCGCGAAUGAAAGUCGACAACGUUUUCCGAGUCUUCGACUACGAAGGCGAAGAAAUUGCUUCUGUCAAGUUCGAGGAAUUGUACAAGGUCUCAUGGAAGCCAGAGUCCGAUCUGUCGCCGCCCCCAGCCCCUCAGCGAAACGACGUGGCUCUGGAGCAGACGAGUAAAGGCUUCUAUCGCCCGAAGAACGCCCAGGGUAUUCUCGCUCGAGUUAUGAGAGGUGAACUGGACGAGAGCGCUUUGCCUGAAGAGCUCCGAAAGAAGCCGGAAGAGACGAAGAAGAAGCGAGGCGCAGCGGGGGCGAGCGGGGCUGCAGGCUCGGCCUCUUCGACGGCUGCGGCCGAUGGUGCCUCGACGGCUCCAGGGGCGAAGAAAGCUGAAAGAGACUGGGGCGGGCUGCUUGACUGGAGACUUCAAGCGAAAGAAGAGAACCGGACGUCGCCGUCUGCUCCUGGAGCGCCGAGCGCGGAGGCCGGUUCGGAGGAAGGACACUCUCAGGCAUCCAAGGUGACGCCCGAGAGUCUCUCGGCGGGUCAGGCGCGGGAGCGCGGUCGCAGCAAGGGCGGCGCUGGAGCCCAGAGUCCGGCGCCGACCGCGGCCGCGACUGCAGCGAGCGGAGACCGCCAGGGGAGUCGUGGGGCGGGUCCGAGCAAGGCCGAGGAGGCGUCCACCGCCCAGCGCAGUCGUGACUCCUCCCGUUCGCCUGCGUCGCUCCUCGGGGCCGUGGCGCUGGAUCGAGAAGAGGGCCGCGAACGAAAGGCGUGCUUUUCCACCCUCAGUUCCCCCCGAGGCGAGUCUGUGGGCGCGCGAGGAGAGCGAGCGACGGGCAGGGGGCGAACCAUGUCGGACAUCGGCGAGGCUCUUCACAUCGAAGAGCGGAGGCGCGACGUGAAAGGGAAAGAGCCGCCCUGCGAAGGUCCUCCGAGCGAAGGACGGAACCAAAACACCGGGAGCGAAGGCGGGGACGCGUCUGCGACCAAGUCUGCGAGUGAAGAAGCCGCGACCGGUGGAGCCGACCCCCGUUCGCUCGGCCUCGGAAACCAGCAGCUCUCGGCGGUUCAGCAGCUUUUCCUGCAGGGGCGCGUGAACAGUUCGUCUUUUUUCCAGGCUCUGCAGUCGGCGAGUUCGUCUUCUCUCUUUCGCCCGCCGCAGCCAGCUGGGGCGACCGCGGCCGGCGCGCCUCAAGCGCCUUUCGCCUCCUAUCCCGGGGUGAUUGGUCCGUCUUCCCGAGCGUCGGCAGCCGCGGCGCCUGCAGCCUCCAACGGCUUCUCCGGCGUGUCUCCUCGCGACGCUCCUAUCGGCUCCGCCGGGCCAGGCGCCGCGCCGAGCUUCAACAAGGCCCCCGGCCCUGCGGCGUCGCAGCCCUCGGGCCACUACGAGGAGUUGCUGCGCGCCUUCCGCAACAUUGUCCCUCUCAGCGCCUUGCAUGUCCUCCAGGAGAGCCGCAGCCACGCUGGCGCCUCGGCGACUGGCGCCGACGCUCGCGGCGCGGGCACGGCUUCGGGCGCGUUCGGCGUCUCGGGUGUCUCCUCGCUCCACGGCGGCGGAGACUCGAACGCGGCAGUGGCCAGCGCGCAGGCGGCGCUGGGGGCGGCUCUCGCGCGGCUCCAGCAGAGCAAGGGAGGCGCGGCGAAUCCGAGUUCGCUUCCGAGCUUCUUCCCGACUGCUUCCCAAGGCGCAGCUGGCCCGCCAGGAAAUGCUCCGAGCGCAGAGGCUGCGGCCUUCUACGCGGAGCUCGCGUCGCGGGUCCAACAGCGCGGGACGGGCGGCGCUUCCGCCUCGCUGACUUCGUCGCAGCUUCUCAAGCAGCACCUUCUGCAGCAGUUCGCGAGGCAACAAGGCCAGGUGCCCAGCGAGGAAAGCGGCCGAUUCGCUGCACGCGGCGUGGCUCUGGUGCCAGGCGAAGACGCGAGUCUCGGAGCGCCGCCUGGACCCGGCGAAGGGCGCGCGGCGAGGCAGCCGGUGGGAGCCGGCUCGGGUCCCCAGGGGAGCGGCGCCGGCUCUGGCGCCCCGGGCGGCGCACUGCUGCAUGCGCAAGAGGUGAUGCAGCUUCUGGAGCACCUGCGGCGCGGGAACACCGCCGAAGCCGUGCAGUUCGCCCAAGGCAGUCGGGCUGUCUGGUCAUUGCUGCAGGCUGCGGCGCAGAAACAGAAGCUGCAGCUGAGCCAAAUGAACCAGAAAGGUUCCCAGCCCUUCCAGCAGGGCCCGAUCGUCCCGGGGAAAAAAGGCGGGAGCGCCGGUGCUGGCGCGUUCAUGGGUGCGGGCGCCGCGGGGGCAGGUGUACAUACACCGGGCGCCGGCUGCGGAAAGGACGGGAGCGGCUCGGAUGCGAGUCUGGGGAUCCGCGGAGGGGCGGCAGGGGCGCAGGGUGUGUCUUCCGCGUUCGCGAAUUCCAGUUUUCCCCAAGGCGCGACAGCGUUUCUCGCGUCUUCCUUCGGUGCGGCGUCGUCGCACGGAGGCGAGGUCCACGUGAACGCGAACGCCGACCCCGCGGGUGGUGCGACUUCGCACGCUCAGGCUGAAGGUUUCCUCGCGGACUUCAUGGCGCUGCAGCUCCAGCGCAAGUCGGCCGAGUCGGCGGGGUCUCAGGCGUUAGGAAAGGGACAGUUCCCGUUCCCCGUGGUGAGGCCCGCGGCCGGCUCUUCGUCGCUUCCGCCCCGCGCGCCGCCGCAAGAGACGAGGAGCCCCACGUCUCUGGCUGCCGUGACGGCGGCGGCCGUCGACGCCCUGACUCAGCAGUAUCCGCAGCUGACGAAGGAGCAAGCGGUUCUUCUGCUCCAGAAGCUGCGACUUGGCAAUGCGGGCACUGCCUCACAGGCUGCCAGUCUCAACAGCGCCGGUGAGCACCGGUCAGGGGCGGGCGCCUCGUCGGUGGUGCCAGGGUCUCUCGCGUCGUCCGGGAAUGCGUCGGCAGAGCGCGAGCGUCUCGGAGGCUUGUCGGCCCAGACAGGGUCCGAGGGCGUCGCGAUGAACUUUUCAGGAAACGCGGCGUUCCCUCCCUCGUUCUCUUCCUUCGCCCCUCGAGGCCCGAACUCGCAGUCGGGCGGCGGGGAAGACCGGGGUGCGGAGGGCCGCGCCGCGCGGCAGACGAUGAGAGGAAACGCGCCGUUCGACGCCCUCGGGGAAGACGGCGCGGCGAGUCUCGCCCAUUCCGCGAAUGUCCCCGUGGGCAAGGUCGCGAACUUCAACGCCGCGCAGCGAAACCAGGAACUGUUGAACAGCGUCCGAAGCUCUGCCGUGAACAAGACCGCGAUCAGCGCCGACAUGCUGCGGGGCUGGGGAGCGGCUGGCGCGAAUGCGGGCAACCUUUCCUCGCUCGCGUCCGCGUCGGGCUCAGCUGGAGGGUUCGAAGGCGCCUUCUCGGGCGUUCCCCCCGCCUCCUUCGUGCAGGAUUUGCGAGGCCUGGAUCGCAGCCGAGACAGCUUCGCGGAAGAGCGGAGAGACGCGUUCGGAGCUUUCCAAGACGCCUGCGCAUAUUUACCCCGCAACAACGGGCCUUCUCAGGUCGCCAGUGGGGACCGCGAGCGCACCGCCGCAGAUAUGGGCGGCCCAAACCCCGCGUCGACAGGCGGAGCGACGCCAGGGGCUGGCGCAGGCAGCGCAGAACGCGGCAAACGACCGGAUGCAAUGAAAGACAAAUGCUGGCAAUACGUUGACCCGAAGGGAAACAUUCAGGGCCCUUUCCACCGCGAAGAGAUGGCGAUGUGGAACGCGAUGGGGUACUUUGACCCGGCUCUCCCCGUCAGGUGUUGUGGGGCAGACCGCUUCAUUCCUUUAAACAAGCUUUACCCGCCGCCUCAGCAGCCCUUCUCCACGACACCCAAACCGCAGCCGAUGCACAUUCAGUAA